AUGCCCACUUUCGAAGUCUUUCAAUCGACCAGCGAUGGACGGAUUACGCAACGUGAGACAACCAAACCCGACCUGACUGGCGACCAAGUCUUGGUCAAGAUAAGCGCGUCAGGUGUUUGCGGCACAGACCUUCACUAUAGGACUUCGGGGAUUGUUCUCGGCCAUGAGGGCGUUGGCACUGUCAUUGCGAUCGGUCCAAACUGCUCACAGCUCCAACUCGGCGUCCGCGUAGGCUGGGGCUACAUCCACGACUCGUGUGGGCACUGCCAAUCGUGCCUUGCGGGCCGAGAAGUCUACUGCCCGGAUGUCAAAAUGUACGGCCAGGACGAUCACGAUCAGGGUUCUUUCGCGCACCAGGCGGUCUGGCGCGAAGCAUUCUUGUUCGAGCUUCCAGAAGCGCUACAAGAUGCCGAGGCCGCGCCUCUGAUGUGCGCGGGUGCCACCAUAUGGAAUGCUAUCGAGACGUAUAACAUUCGUGGCGGUCAAUGCGUGGGUGUGAGUGGCGUCGGGGGCUUGGGUCAUUUGGCCAUUCAGUUCGCAGCCAAGCUUGGUUGCGAGGUGGUGGCCUUCUCCAGCACAGAGAGCAAGCGCGAGGAAGCGUUGAGACUAGGUGCGAAGCACUUUUUUGUCACCAAAGGCUCAGCCAAGCUUUCGGUGCCGAGAGAGCUUGACCAUCUCCUUGUCACCACUGGAGCUUUACCAGACUGGAACUCCAUGCUUCCUCUUCUUUCUGCAGAGGCAACAAUCUACCCUCUCACGGUUUCAUUCUCGAACAUCUCCAUACCGGCGUUCCCUUUCAUCGCGAAAGGACUGACUCUUCAGGGAUCGGUUGUGUCUCCACGUGGAGCGCAUAAAAGGAUGCUCAAGUUUGCGGCCUUUCAUGGCAUCAAGCCCGUGAUAGAGACAUUCCCUAUGACUGCAGAAGGGAUUGAAGAAGCACUGCAUAAGCUAGACGAAGGGAAGAUUCGAUACCGCGGUGUUUUGGUAGCCGAAUAA